AUGCCAGUACUACUAGAAGACUAUCAGAAAAAUUUCCUUGAGUUGGCCAUCGAGUGUGAGGCACUUCGGUUCGGGUCAUUCAAGUUGAAGUCCGGCCGGAUUUCUCCAUACUUCUUCAACCUGGGUCUUUUCAAUACGGGGAAGUUGCUGUCCAACUUGGCCACUGCCUACGCGAUCGCCAUUAUCCAGUCUGACCUCAAGUUUGACGUUAUCUUCGGUCCAGCGUACAAGGGUAUCCCAUUGGCCUCCAUUGUAUGCGUUAAGCUGUCCGAAAUUGGCGGAUCCAAAUUCCAGAAUAUACAAUACGCCUUCAACAGGAAGGAGGCCAAGGACCACGGUGAAGGUGGUAACAUUGUCGGUGCAUCCUUGGACGGUAAGAGGAUCUUGAUCAUUGAUGACGUCAUGACCGCGGGUACUGCCAUAAACGAGGCCUUUGACAUAAUCGGUAAGGAGAAGGGCCAAGUAGUUGGCACGAUCAUCGCCCUGGAUAGACAAGAGGUUGUUAACUUGGAUGACAAAGAGCGUUUGAGCGCCACGUCUGUCGUCAGCAAAAAAUACAACAUCCCAGUAUUGAACAUCGUAUCCCUGUCGCAUGUCAUCGGUUACUUAGAGACUAGGAUGGGCGAUGAGGAGAAGCAGGAAAUCGAAAAGUAUUUGGAAGUGUACGGAGCUUGA